GAUCGACGGCCUAAGACACUCAGGAACCCCAUUGGUUUUCUUGGUAUGUAGCAAGCUGCAACUUCAUACGCUAAUCAUGGCAAGGACUACAACUUUGCCCAUCCUGCCUGCGCGACCACUACGACUCAGGACCUCAAAAAGACAACAAUAGAAUACCUACAGUGGUCGAGCUUUUUUUUCGUCCUGUGUUUUCGAGAAAAGAACUUCCUAUACAAAACGAAGAGAACAAUGAAAAUGUUCUUUUUCCAUAAAACAAAGGGCGAAGUAGGUUCGCCGUCAUCCUUGUUCCGACGGCCCCAUUUAUGCACGGCAUUAAGGAAGCUGGGAAUCAUAAUUCCCUCAAGAACGAGAACUAGUCUGAGGCUGAGCUGCGAAAUAAAGAAAAAUAAAUCGAUAAAUCAACAUGUCAACGACAAAACGUCGCAGCGCCCCGGUUCAAGAACUUCCGUCGAACUUGUUGCGCCACGAACAAAUUCUUGCAAGCGAACAAGAACUACAGGUCGAAGAGGUCGCAGAGAAUAGUAAAGAGACGAAGAAAAGCAAAAGCGAAAAUGCUGGCGCCGCCGUGCCCCUGAAAGAUGUACUCACAACUCCUUGCACAACAACAUCUUCGCAAUUGAACCAUUUUCCCGUUUCCGCAUUCCUCGUUUCCUGCAAGCGGGCCCAGCACCAGGCCGCAAAAGGAGCCGCCUGGUCAACAUCCCAGCGUCAUUUCGGCGAGGCCGGCGCGGUGCUACAGCGGGUAAGAAAGUGCCACGCCGAGAAGGUGGAGAAGUUAGUGCAGGCGGAACGCGAAUUGUACCUGGUGAAGAGGUUGCAAGACGCGUACGCGGAGCUGGGAGUCCUUGAUUCUAGAGCUAGAGCUGCUUCUACUGUGGAGCCCUGCAGUGUUAAAACCGGCACAAAUGACCAACAGCAAGACGAGCAGACGAAGGAAGCAGAGCAGCUGAAGAAAGAGAAGGAGAAAGAAAUCCAAGGCCUUAUUGAUAUGGGGCUCUCAAUCGUUACAACAUUCUCAACUGUUUACAUGAUUUGUCAUGCAAAACUACCUUCAGAAUCGACACGACCUAGCUGCUUCGCAUGACAAAUGCUCGAAGUGCCAAACAGGCGGAGAAUCUGUGCCAAAUCUGUCAUGCAAGACGCAGAAGGUCAUCCCUUUCAAUUUUGCCAUUCUUGCAUCACAAUUUCAUGUAACAGUUGGGAAUGUAACAGUUGAGAACGCCAUAACUGACCUGAUUGCGCUCCUUGCUCGCGAAGGACAACAAGGAGGUCCAGAAGGUGUGGCUCAUGCUGCAGGAAGAUCAUUUUCGGAUGUUGUUGAGAAAGAAAAGCAACAAAAUAAAUCCCCGGCAACUACAGCUGUGGAGGCCGCCACCUGUGGAAGAAACUACAAGACCACAGCAGAUAUUAGUAGGGGCGGUUCAAGAACUUUUACAGGCGGGGUUCCAGGAGCGAUAGAGAAGCUGCUGUCAAAGAACGGCUCCUUGCUCACCACCCCAGCUACUGGCGUACCGUCUGAUUUCGAUGACCCCCUCAACAGCUGCGAGAGUGAGGUAGACCGCCUGGCUGAAGAGCUGCGACAAAGCCCGGAUACAAUUCUACCCCCGAAGGUGCUGGUGGAGCAACGAUAUAAUCUAGUCGGCGGAAAGGGAAUAUCAAAAGGUCAAGGUGGCGACAAGAAUAAAUCUGCUUCGCCUGUCGUUAACGAUGUUGCCAACAGCAUUGUAAAUGCCAAUAAGAAAGAACAAGAACCUCCAGCACCCACGCGGACCAUCAGCCGACCGCAAUCUACGAGUUUUUGGCAAGGUGGAAGAAUAAUCUUUAGCGGGUUUCUUGGAAAAAAAGGCAGCUACGACAAAAGCACGGAACAAGCAACAACCGGAGGUUUUUUUUCUCAAUUUGUCCCGCAAGGCAGGCCGAAGAUGGGCCUCAACUUCUUUCCAGCCAAGGGAGGCUUUGUUCAUCCUUUCAAGGGCUCCUUCGUAAAAGGUAAAGAUGGAGGUCCUCCGCGUGGAACACAGAAAAACGGCACCAUAACUAGUAGUACUCAUGACAGCACAAAUUAUUCCAAAGGUGGGCACCAGCUGCAGGCGAAUUACAACGCAAAAGGAACGAACAACAAAGCUAGGGGAGAUGAGAUGACCAGCAGCAAAAGCGUUCACCAGCAAAGCGGCGGCGAGCAACAAGGAAUGAACACAGCACAGCUCAACAUCUGUGCAAAAAACAACGACGACAAGCCCUCUGGUGACAGCCAGUCCACCCGACGUUUUUCAUCAUCCGCCAUCCAUCUUGCCGCCGAGGUGUUCUCCCUUGUCGCGCACAAUGGUUGGCUGACGGCCAAGGAAAUUUGCGAUUUGCAGUUGACGAACGGGAAAAUCUUGGUGAGUCUGCACAGCGAAACCCUACUGCUGGUGCCGCACCUGCCGCCGCACGUGUUCUUGACGGACUUUGUUGACUGGUCUUCACCAAAACGUCAUGUUGCGACUGGUGUAGUAGUUCCUGCGGAUUUUGAAGUACGUCAUGGGACGAGCAAGAACGACGUGGAUGUUGGUGCGACAAUGUUGCAAGACCAAAUUGAUUGUUUACCACAGAGCAACUACGACCAAGUGGUGACGAUAAAUACCGGCGCAAAGCAAUCUUUUUCGGCCACUGCAACCGCUUUCCCAUUUUCUGCCACAGCCACAGCAACUGAAACUGCUGUUACACCCACUGCGGAUCUUGCUGCGAUAGAGGUGGGUCCUGAAUUGGUGUUGCCUCCCGACUUUUUACUGGAUGAAGUGAGAGCACCCGUCUCGCCGUCUCGUGGUCGUGAUACUUCUGAACGGCAGACGGUGCAGCUGCCAGGGAGUGAUCGCGCAGAACAAGCUUCUCCCCCUCUUGCAGCUCCGAACGGUGCAGCAUCAUGUGAAGAAGAGGUAAUGCAGAUGAAGCAGGACAGCAGCGGGGCGAUGGUCCACUUUGCACUGCUACAAGGACCACUACACCGACUCUCCUCCAAAACGGCUUUGGCCAUAGAGUUUCUGCAGCAUUUUCUGCACCGGAACGCGGUGACGAGCUAUUACGUUCAGGGAAUGAGGGGGUACGAGGAUGAAGUACGGCUUGUUCUUUCCCGAGGAAAUGAUAUCUUUCACAUUAAAAAUGGCACUUGUCGGGGGCCAGACCCCGCAAAGAUGUUGAACAUGAAACAAGCAAACCCCGUGGUAGCGAAGAGGGGUGCUGGAACACGCACGGACGGCAAAAUCGAAGCGGAGAUGCUCUUUCCCAAUGCGCGCAUAGUCCGGUGGAAGGUCGGCGGCAGAACUGUUCAUUGGAAGAAUCAAUCGCAGGAACAGCAACAGACUUUGCUGAAAACGGAUACUGCGGCAACUCAAGUGGAGAACCGAAUGGACCGGACAAACGAGAAGGAACAGGUGAAAAUGAUACAGCAGAACUACACGCAUGGCACAACAUCUGGAACAAGCGCAGUCGUGUCUACUCAUGCUCCUGCGCCCACUUCUACUACCACAACGCCCCCCUUCCAGAUGGAGAUCACUGCGACGUCAGGGAAAGUGAAGGGCCAAGCGACCCCCCGGCGCAUCGAAUACCUCACCGGCUUGGUGAAUCUGCGCGGGAAGGAGAAGAACCAACAUGAACAUUAUGCAACUGGUGCAAAUAAUAACGCGUCGAAGCUGCAGCUGCUUGCGGGGAAUUCGAAUUACGAUGACAAGAAGGCACCUGCAGCUCUUGACCCAAUUGUAAACAAGCUGCAAAACCAAAAACCCAGACUCCUCGUUUCCUUCCCGGGGGACGAGGUCAACAGAAGGGCCCAAGACGUCAGUUCUGAUUCCGAAGAUUCAGUUCUUGUAGAUGAAAAUGCAAAUCCUACUUCCGGUUCCGCCGUCCUUCAGCAAGACUACGUCGACUCCGAGGUUUUCUUUCUCGCCAACAUGGCUUUGAAAUUUCGAUUUUACCGCGAGGGCAACGACCUGUGUAGGCGGGACGACUGCUUCUCGUUCUACGUACUGCGGUGCAAAAUUGAGGAAGUUCUACUUCGUGGAACUGAGGAUGGCAGCUCGGGCGAGGACCAACCUGUCGUAAUGCCAGCUGGAUCGUCCAAAGACCACGCAGCAGAUCCGGAGGUGCCUGGGGGACCACAGCAGGGCAUGGUUUGUUCGGAUACAAAUCUGUUGUCAACAGCACCACCAGCUGCCGCAGAACCUCCUACUCCCCCGGCGGAUUACUUUUACUAUGAAAGCAACCUUGACCCGGUUGCCGUGGCGAGAAGCAAAGUCUCGCCCUACUUUGCCCAGAAGCUUCAGGCGGUGAAGGAGCAGAAGGGUCUUGGACAGCGUGGAAGCAAGUUGGUAGGCGUCCAGGUGGAUGGGAAAACUUCUAAUCGGCUUGAUUCUCGUAGUGCACAAAAAACGGAAGACGGGAGGAUGCUUCCGCAAUAUAAGAUGACCUUGUCCAGCGCGACAAGUACAAGUUGUAGACCGAAGUCCUCGAUGAUCACCUUUGCUCUUUUCGCGGACACGCCGGUGCCCGAGGCUACCAUCUUGGAUGCUAACGCGGCACGACGAGGGGGAAGAGGAGAACUACAAACACUGAUGCAACUACAAGCACAGUCCUCAUCUACCACUGCCACGGCUGCUCUCGAAGACGAUGUGACGCAUGUUGCCCCCGCCGCACUGAAACCAAUCCAGGACCUGCAUCAGGUGCGGUUUGUGUACUCCCGGGAGCUCGCGGAGGGGGAGAUGUGGGGCGAGGCGACGUUCGCGCCGAAUACAUUCCACCCCUACCGGCGCCUCCCGGACCUUCCAGCCGACUAUAAAAGAAAGCUGGACGCCCCGUACGCCUUGCCCGACACAGUCGGAAUCGAAAUUCUCGAGUACCCAGCAGUGAUGCACGUGGAGGAGGAGGUCAAGUCUUUGGACAACAAAGUGGUUCUUUCCCCCGCCGUGUGGGUGGUCGGAAACGUGCGGAAAAAGCUGGCUUGGUGUCAGCACGACCUCGACCUCUACAGCUCUCCGACCAUCUCCCAGUUCUUGGGUGGCAGACAGAGGUAUUUCCAGUUCCGGCUCGGCAUGCGAAAACGAAAGUCAAAGAGCAAGGUGGUCAAGAACACCACGAUAAAUGAAAAAACCACGACAGCGAAUAACCAGGGUAGUGGUCAACAGCAGGAAGUGAUCUUCAAUUCUGCCCCUGCCACGUCGUCCUCCUCCUCCUCCUCCUCCUCUUCGGGCAUCAACAAGAAGCACCUACAGGCACCAGAUCCCCUCGAUGACCCUGACCAGCAGGACCUGCUGCAGGUUUGGAUCACUGAUGUUUCGGCCACGGUGGAAAAAAACACGGGAAUUAUGUCCUCUUCGUCUCCCUCAAACGAUGAAGAAGAAUUUCUACAUCAGGAUAUACACCCUAAUAGCGACCAUGUCCGCGACAACAACGACGACCCUACUUCCCUCGAUCUGCAGUACCCGCCACUAAAACUCUUUGCAAACGGAAAAGUGCUGACAAGUUGGGACGCGGUGAAAUUUUCCGUAACCGCGGGCUACGUGGGCCGGACGGGGUUGCCAAUCGACCUACGAAGAUUGGUGCCGGACGACACGCUGCGGUUGCACGUGGAAGAGGAUUUUGAAACGGUCGGUCUUGUUUGUUCCGGAGGCAAUUCAAAAGUUUUUGGCGAGGCAGCAGCUGGAACAAGACCCCGCUCACCGCCAGAAGUCAUGGGCCUGGUGUAAAGGCAGAUGCCGGUAGAACUACACGAGGAACCACAAGAAUCAUUUUUUCUUUAUGACACCGCGGUUGUCUUUGCGGUUUCAACCGCUCAGCCGCACGACACGGGGCACAUACGGUAAACAAAAGUCUUUUGUCGAGAUGCAAUAGCACGACGAUGCUUACUACAUCAUUUCUGCUCUCAAAAAUUGUCCUUGAAAAAAAACUCGAAACGG